UGCGAUUUUUUUACUUUAAGGCUAUUGUACAUCAAUCAGCCAACAAACCAAACGAUGAAAUGACUAAUUUUGAAAUGGAGACAUUACGUAAACAAAUCAAUGAAUACGUUAGCGAAAUCAAUCAAUUAAAGACUGUUGUACAAAAGCUAUCGAACGAAAAUACCGAAUUGAAAUCGAAAUUUUCAACGGUGCAACAACAACCAUCGAAAUCAGCUUCAAAUAACAGUGUCUAUGAUGAACCAUUACGUAUUGAAAACACUGAAAAUGAUCAUGAACCUCAUUCUUUGCCUGAAGGCUUAAAUGCAAGUUUAGGUACUAAUAACAGCAAUCCAGGGACAACAGCUGCAGCAGCAGCGGCAUCUGCCUCGUCCUCUUCAUCGGCUACAAAUUCACAACAAUCAACGAUUAAACGUCCAGCCAGUAUGUACGAACGACGUCUUCAGCCUAGUUUAACAAAAACAAAUGCUGAUACACGCAACACCACUUCUAUGUAUCAAAUGGCUGCCGAUAAAUCCUUUACCGAGGAGGUCAAUCAAAAGACAGACAUUGUAACGCAUCGCCUUAAAGAGCUAAUACAUUCAAUGCAGGAUCCGAAUAAUCGUGAAACAUUAGUACCCUGUGCUGAGCGCAUACGGGCCGCCGUUUUGGAAUUAAUUAAUGUUUUCACCACACCGACCAAUUGCAAUGAAACCAUACGUGAAACUCUAAUGCAAUUGACACGUAAUAAUAUUUUAAUACAACAUAGUUGUGAAAAUUUACGCAAUUCAUUCGAUACGAAUGAUAAACCGCCAUUGAAAAAUAUACAAAGGAUGUACGUGAAUGUGCGUAUUAUAUUAGCCAGUGCCACAAAAACUUUAGUUUUACACUUGGAACUUAGAUUUGUAAUAUGUACAAUGAUAUGA